AUGGUGCAAAACGAAGAUGAAGCUUCAUUAUUAGCAAGUUUGAAUAAUUCAAGUAGUAUGUUACUGGAUUACUUUAAGUUAAAUGUUCAUAAUAUUUCAGCCAGACAAUAUUAUUACAAUGAAAUACCAAAAUAUUUUACUUACAAGAAAACCAAAAUUAAUGGUACAGUUACUUCUUUGUGGGACACUAGAAAAAAACACUUCAAGUGUAUAGGUCGCAUGUAUUCAGUGAGCCCCACACAAACAGAAUUAUUUCAUUUAAGACUAUUACUAUUUCAUGUUAAAGAUCCAACAAGUUACAACGACUUAAAAACUGUUGACAACAUAUUGUACCCUUCAUUUACUGCAGCUUGCUUAGCAUUAGGAAUUAUUGAAGAUGACGAAGAAUGGAAUAAAGCAAUGAGAGAAGCAGAGACAUGGAUGAUGCCUACGCGCCUUAGACUUUUAUUUGUUCGUAUAUUGAUUCAUUGUCAGCUUGUUUAUCCGGAAAAAUUAUGGGAUACAUUCAAAAAUGCAAUGUCUGAAGAUUUUUCACGUAAUAACGAAUUGAACGUGAGCUAUCAAAUGGCUUAUUCUGAAAUAAAUAAUAUUUUGAUUAAGGAAGCAAAGAGUUUAGCUGAUUUUCCAACAAUGAAUCAAAACAUCAUUGUAAAUAUCGUUGAAAAUGAGAAUGAAGAUAGAAAUCAUCAGUAUGAAAUUGGCAAUCAACAAUAUCUGCAAUUAAAUGACGAACAGAAAUUAGUUGUUGAUAACAUUCUUCAAGCAUCACGUUCUGAUAAUUAUACUGGUUCAAAUUGCUUCAACAUAGAUGGACAAGGGGGAUCUGGAAAAACUUUUAUUUACACUACCAUUUACAAUCUUUUAAUGUCACAGAAUAUAAAAUGUUAUUCGAUGGCAUACACUGGCAUUGCUGCUACAUUGCUGCCAAAUGGAAAAACAGUUCAUAAAACUUUUGGUUUACCAGUGCCGAUGUUCCAUGAUUCGUCGUCAAAUAUUAAAAUACAAUCUAAGGAAGGUAUACUGUAA